AUGGCUUUGAUCUCUGAUAGGCUGCUUAGACAUCCUAAUACAGAUGUCAGGAUUUCAGUUAUGUCUUGCAUCUGUGAGGUGUUAAGGAUUAGUUCUCCGCAUCAACCUUAUGAGAAUGAAAGAAUGAAGCUGCAUUCAAGAAGUUGUCGCUUUUCUCUGGUCCCUGCUAUGCUAAAGCUUUGCACAUUCUUGAAAUCGUUGCGAAGGUUCAACCACCCACAAGCUGUAUUCUCAUACAUGGAAGAUAUUAUGACUUGGCUUUUAGAUGAGAGUGAUGACAUCCCAUUGGGUCUUUUAAAGCCGAUUCUAGCUAGUGUGCAAAAGGAAAACCAGGAGAGAGUAUUAAAGAACUGCUCAACUAAAGUCAGAUCUUUUCUUAUGAAUGCAGUGAAGUUGAUGAGGCUAGAUAUUAAUGAUUAUGCCGAUAUAGUUGCUUCAUUAUGCCGAGAAAUGCCAGCUGGGGACAAUGUGGUGCUCAUCUUCUUGUAA